AUGAAGUAUAUUGAGAGGUGGAAGCAAGUCUUUGCAAUGGUGACUGUUCAAUUUGUUUUAGCGACGAUAAAUAUUCUAUUCAAGAUGGUACUCGAACGAGGGAUGAACCAUAUGAUCAUUGUUGCCUAUAGACAAUCAAUCUCCACCAUCUUCUUGAUCCCAUUAGCCUAUUUAUGGGAGAGGGGAAGUUGGAAUAAGCUGACACCUUGGUUGAUGGGUCAGAUGUUUCUUUGUGCUUUGAUUGGGUUGACACUUUGUCAAUAUUUGUUCUUGGUUGGGCUGAAAUAUACAUCAAAUACGUUCAUGUGCGCUUUUAUCAAUAUGGUGCCUGUAAUUACAUUUAUUAUGGCAUUGCCAUUCAGGGUGGAGAAAGUUAACCUGAAAAGAAAGAGAGGGAAAGCUACGGUGUUAGGCAUAUUAACGUGUCUAGGCGGAGCAUUAAUACUAAUACUUUACAAAGGGAUGCCAUUAAUCAUGAGAAACUCCCGAUCUCAACCUCAACAUAGCACAAAAGCUGCCGGGUGGAGCAUUAUUGGUUCUCUAUAUCUAUGUGCAGGCAGCGUGUGCUGGUCUUCAUGGUUUCUUAUUCAAACACGGAUUGGAAACAAAUAUCCGUAUCAAUAUUCUAGCACGGCCACCAUGUCUUUAUUUAGUGCUAUCCAGUCGAUUAUUUUAUGUUUCAUUAUGGACAGGAAUAUUUCUACAUGGGCUCUCAAGGGAAAGUUGGAGAUUUUAAGUGUCCUAUAUGCCGGAAUUAUAGCAUCAGGACUAUGCUAUGUGGUGAUGUCAUGGUGUGUGAAACAAAGGGGACCUGUGUUCACCUCAGCAUUUAGUCCAUUGAUACAAAUCUUUGCUGCUGCUUUUGAUGUCUCAAUAUUGCACCAGGAAAUUUACCUUGGCAGCAUUUUGGGAUCCAUUAUAGUAAUUGUGGGUAUGUAUGUUCUUCUUUGGGGAAAAAGCAACAAUGAAGAGACUGGGAAGCAGAUUGUUCCCACAGAGACGGAUGAAACUAGAUAG